AUGCAAUACGAUCGAUUCUUGAAUUGUCUCUACAAGAUUGGAAUUCAUGAUACUGGAUUUAUUGACAAUUUCUUGCCAACCAAGAUUUUGGAUAUUUUACCAAAUUUAUAUGGUGUUUAUAAGAAGACAGCUCUUCAAUUGAUUUCAUGGAGAGCUGAACAUAUUACUGAUUUGUAUACUUCUUUGAAGCCAUUCAUUCGUCAACAUUUACAACACAAAGAUGAACCUACUCAAUUAUUAACACUUCAAAUUGUUUAUCAACUCGUGAAAGCAAUUCCAAAAGAUGACGUCAUGCACUUUAUGGAAAUUAUUACUACACAUAUUAACACGAGUGAUGCUCAAAUGAUUGCAACAUUCUCUGAACCUUGCCGAGAAAAGUAUUAUGACAUUUUAAUUUGGUUAUUCGAUAACAGACCUACCGAAUUUAGAAGUGAUGAAAUGAUCCGAACAGAGUUGCUAAAGGCCAUGAAUGAUCCUUCCGAAGACAUUCGAAAGAAAAUGCUCAUCUUUUGGGAUCACGAAUCUAGAUUAUCCAACGAAAGUUUACGUCGUUUGGAGCAAUCAUUUACUCUCUUAUUUUCACAAAAUUUAGGUGACAAGUGGCUUCAAUUUUCCUCAUACUUGAUUCUUCAAUUAUUACAUCGUUCACCUGAUUUUUCUGAUACCAACGCCAUCUUCUCAGAGAGUCUUUCCAAUUGUGUCUUUAAAGAAUACAAGAUUGACACAAGUUGGCAACACAGAAGUUUACCACUAACGGCCACAUCCAUUGUUCUUGGAUCUGGAGUAUCGAUAGGAUCUAGUUCCAAGAAGGGACAUGGAACUGUUCAAAGUUAUGCAUCUCUUCCUUAUGAAUCUCUUGCAUUGGAAGAUCCCUAUGCCACUUUGUCACAAUCUCAACAAGUUCCAGCAACUAUUGGUGUUGGAAUGGUCAAGGCCACUCAAACUCCUCAAUUUACUCCAACACAAUAUGCAACAGAGACGUUGAAAGAUAUUCUUUCAGCUCCAAGUAUGAGUCAAACAUCACUAUUGUUCACACCGUUCAAGUCUGUGACCAGUAAUAAUGCUCAAGGAAAUAGUGCAGAUACCACAGGUGGAAAUUCUGCUACAGCUACUGGAGGAGCUAGUGGGGCUACUUCCGAGUCAUUCCAAGGUCCAUACUUGAGAAGAAGAUUUUUAAAGUUAAAGGAAAAUACCAUGACACAAUAUCAAGCACGUAGAGCUGUUCGAUUGAAGAGAGAAAAAGAAGCUUGGGAAACUCGACAAAAAAUUGCAAAGAAAAAUAAGAUUACCAUGUACAGAAAGUACAGAACUGGAGAAUUACCAGAUAUUCAAAUUGCUUUAAAGGAAAUUAUUACUCCAUUGCAAGCACUUUGUCUCUAUGAUGUGAAUGUUUCCAAGCAUUUGUUUGUUUCGGUAUUCUCUUCUCUAUAUCCAAAUAUUGCACAAAAAUUGGAUGAAAAACAAGCUGAGACAUUGAAGAAUAAUAUUCACACGACCUUCAAUCAAAUGUUAAAACAAUCUGGGGAUAGCUCAGUAUUGAUGUCUGCGUUAAUGACUUUAUGUCUUGAAAUUUUGGACCUUCAAUCACCUAAAUUUAACAUUCUAUCACCCAAACUUGUUCGAUCUGUUAGUAUGCAAAGUUUCAACGUUGAAUUAGGAAUCCUAUUGUUGGAAUCUUUAAUUGAAAACAAUGCUAUUGAUUCUGGAAAUGACGAAGACAUGAUUGAUCAAGAUCGAGACAUGAGAGCUUACAUCGACGCAUGGAUCGAAUUAGGUAAACUAUACAAAUCCAUCGAUGAAGAAGACGUGGUUCGAUCCAUUUUCGAGUAUCACGUCGCUCAACAAGAAAAUACCAAGAGAGCUCUUUCCGAAGAAUUAGCUGGUCGGUACAAUAGCGCACUGAAAAUUUAUGGACAGGGUCUACAAGAUUGGGAUGCUGGUUGGAAAUCUCAUGAUACUCCACCAUUAGAAGAAGAAGUAGUCUUUUGGCGAGAACAAAAAUUAGAAUGUCUUAAAAAGAUGAACCAAUGGGAUACUGUGUUACAAGAAGUUGUGUCUGAUUUGAAACGAAUGACCAAAUCUGAAAAUAUCACCAAUGAUGAAUCAUCAUUGAUACAAGAAAAGAUUUGGCAAAGUGAAAAUAGUGACAAGUUGCUUUCCCUAUUUUUGGAUAGUAAUUUGAAACUGAAAGAACGAUGGAGCGCGUUACAACAUUUCAUUGAAGUUGCCAUGAGUUCAAACACAAAGAGAGACACCUUGGAGAGCAAGUUCUGUGAUCGCCUUUCAUUCUUGUCACUCUUUAUUCAACAAUAUGAAAAGGCCAAGUCCUACAUUGUGGAUAGUUACGCCGAAUUUUUACAAAGUUGGAGCUCAUUGUCACCGCUCGCUAAAACUGGUCGUCAUAUUUAUUUGCAAAAACUUCAACCUCUUGUAGAAAUUGAAGAAUUUAUUGAUUUGUGGCAAUCUCAAAUGAAUAUGAAACCAAAGAAGUUAAUUCAAUUGUUGCAAACAUGGAAAUCGAGAUAUCCAAGUUCAUACAUUGAUGAUAUGAACACGUGGGACAAUGUGGUCACCAAUCGAAAUUUCAUGUAUGAUUUAAUUUCACAAAAUUUGGAGAACUUUAUUGAAAAAGAUCAACCAAAACUUUCACUCAGUGGAAAGUCGUCUUCACUUCGACCUCUCACAAGCAGCUUGUUAGGUGACGACCCAACGACUACACUUCUUCUCUCAGCAGGAUCUCUUUCACAACAAGACUAUGUGGUUGGUGCUACCUCUACUGGUUCAUCUAUUUUGACAAUGGACUCUGAAUCUCUCUCAAAAUCUAUUGCAAGAGAGAAGGCCAUCAUGUAUUUGACCGUCACAAAAGCCGCCAGAAAACAAAAGAACAAUACUGUUGCUCAGAGUUAUCUCAAAAUUGCACAAGGAUGCAGUAAGAAUUUGUUGACUUCAGAUUCUAACAGCAGUGAUGCAAUCGCUUUUGAUUUUGAAUUUUUCAAAUCUCUUGUGAAAUUAUUGAAGAUUAAGGCAACAAGCAAAGGAUCGACUACUGCUGACACUGUUUCUGUGUUUGAGAAACUUGUUCGAUUUAUCAAACAAAAUGGAAACAAGUAUGGAAACGAAGCAAGCAUGCCAAUCAAAUACUUGUUGACCUACAAAUUAUUAGAUGCAGAUGCAAACGCUUCGUUUGCUUCUACUCUUCGAGAAAUCAAAGUUCAAAACACAGAUUUAGGAUCUUCAGAAGACAUUUUAAGAUCUUCAUUUGUUCGAUUUAAAGAAUCGAUUGAAUUGGUGAACAAACAUAUUGCACAAGUGUCUGAUGAUUCCAAGAUCAUCAAAGUCGAUGACGACGUCGACUAUGUGUCACAUCCUCAAGCAUCCAAGAUUUAUCUCAAGUUUGCACUAUUUUGUGAUAAUCUUUUGAAGCAACGCUUGAAUCAAACUGAUGAUGACGAAGAUAUUAUUUUAACAAGAGAUCAACAACAUAGUUCACUUCCUUCUAAUGAUCAAUUAGCCAAUUAUAUUGUUGAAAAUCUCAUGAACAGUAUGAAAUAUUUCAACAAGGAAGCAAGAGAUCGAUUCCCACGUUUAUUAGAAUUAUUAGAAAAAUAUCCAACCACAAGAAGUGUCUUUUCCAAAUUUGUACCUUCAACUUGUACGUUACAAAUUCCAAGUUGGAUGUUUAUCACAUGGAUUUCACAAUUAUUGGCUCACCUAACAGGACCAGAGGGAGAAUGUCUAGUUCCAAUAUUAAUUUCCAUUGCUGAAAACUAUCCACAGUCCUUAUAUUAUCCAUUGAAUAUCAGUGCAGAUGAAAUUAUUGAUUCUUACGAAAAAGGAAAUACCACUAUUACUCGCAAAGUGUUGGAAGGUAUCAAAAUUAUGAGACAAAAAGUGAAAAACCCACUCAUUGAAACAUUUAUUUAUUCUCUCAAAAAGUUGAAUUAUCCAGAAUUACGAUUCAAAGCAUUCAUGGAUGACAUUAAGGAAAUUAUGAAAUCCAAAAAUUACAAGUCAGAAAAUAGUCGAAAGAAAGAUAUCAAAUCCAAAUGGGAAGAAUGCUAUGAUGAUGUUUUUGAUCCCAAUGCUCCUCAUAUUGGCGUUUACAAUGUAAGAUUUGCCAAAAAUUGGGCUCCAGCCAUCAAGAAGGACUUUGGAGGACGUGACGGUGAAAAAUUGUUAAAAAUGGAUGAAAAGACGUUUGAAAGUUCCUAUUUAUCAAAAUUCAAAAAGAUGAAAGAAACGAAAGGAGCUUUACAACAUGGCAAGACGAAACUUGAAUACUUUUCUAAAUGGAUGCUUGAUUUCCAUCAAUCGUCAUCUUCAUUGAAUAUGAAUCAUUCAAUGUCCUCCUCUUCUGAUUCUUCUCAUCAACAUUUCAUUGAACUACCUGGACAAUAUAUUGAUAACAUUGGAAAGGCAGCUUCUUCCUUAAUGUUAGGAACAUUAUCCAUGAAUACGAACUAUCCCAAUAUGCAACCACCAAAUUUGGACGAUCAUGUAAGAAUUAUUAGUUUCGAUCCAACGUUGUUGACCAUGUCUUCGAUGAGAAAACCCAAACGUUUAAAGAUUCAUGGUUCAGACGAAAAGGAUUAUGCAUUCCUUGUGAAAGGAGGAGAAGAUUUACGUCAAGAUCAAAGAAUUCAACAACUUUUCCAUGUCAUGAAUAAUAUUUUAGAUCAAGAUGCUAAUUGUAAACAACGAGAAUUAUCCAUUCGAAUGUAUAAGGUCAUCCCAAUGAGCACCGAAGUUGGAAUUAUUGAAUGGGUCGAUAAUACCAUGCCAUUAAAGGCAAUUAUUGAAGAACAAUUGAAUAAGGAAUCUGGAACCAAAGAUCAAGAAGUAUUGAAACACAUUUCUUCAACCAUUCAUUUGAAAAUGAUGGAAAAAUUAGCAGGAAAUCAUCCUGAAUUGAAUUUAUAUCAAAAAUAUAUUUUAUCUUAUCAGAAAGCCAAUCAAGAUAGUUUAACACAAGUCAUGGAUGAGCAAUACAAGACGAUUAAUCCAGAUUUAUUGAGAAAUGGAUUGAGAUCAUUGGCAAUUUCUAAUGAAGCUUAUUUCACGAUUAGAAAUCGAUUUGCCAAGUCACUUGCCACUUUCUCUAUUUGUUCAUACAUUUUAGGAAUUGGAGAUCGUCACUUGGAAAACUUCCUUGUGGAUUAUUCGAGUGGAUCUUUGAUUGGAAUUGACUUUGGACAUGCCUUUGGAAGUGCUACUGAAAUUUUGCCAGUUCCUGAACUCGUUCCUUUCCGAUUGACACGUCAAUUGUUGGCUGUGUUUUCACCCAUUUCGACGACUUUGGAUGAUUUUUCAAAUGAAAAUGUUGGAACAGGUCUUUUGUUUGAAAGUAUGGUUCAUUGCAUGCGAGCAUUACAUAAUCAUAGACAUAUUUUGUUAAAUACCAUGGAUGUAUUUAUUAAGGAGCCACUUGUUGAUUGGUUGAAGAAUGCAAAGAAAAAUCCACAAUUUUAUCAGAGUAUGAUGAUGCAAGAAGGUGGUAGUAGCACGACUAGUUUAGGAUUGAGUGACAAUGCAUUGAGUGGUGGUUCGUCAUCAUCCUCGGCAGCUGUUUCACAGACUGAAAGCAAUAGUGAAGUCUCUCUGAUGAAAUGGUAUCCACAACGGAAAGUGGAAUUGGCCAAAAUGAAAUUGGAAUUGGCAAAUCCAAAAGUUAUUUUCAAGAGCGAUGUUCAGGCCAAUCCUUGCAUUAAAAAGGGAAUUAAAUAUGUCGAGAGAGCCAUUGAGGGAGAUGCCGAGAUUAAUAAGAGAGCCAAGGUUGGAGAAGUUUGCUCGAGUGUGAAAGAACAAGUCGAAUGUUUGAUCGAUAUGGCUACCGAUGUCAAGAUCUUGGGAAGAACCUAUAUUGGUUGGGCAGCUCAAUUUUAA